AUGGACGUGGACGUGGACGUGGACGUGGACAUGGACGUGGACGUGGACGUGGACGUGGACGUGGACAUGGACGUGGACGUGGACGUGGACGUGGACGUGGACGAAGACGUGGACAUGGACGUGGACGUGGACGAAGACGUGGACGUGGACGUGGACGUGGACGUGGACCUGGACGUGGACGUGGACAUGGACGUGGACGUGGACGUGGACAUGGACGUGGACGUGGACGUGGACGUGGACGUGGACGUGGACGUGGACGUGGACGUGGACAUGGACGUGGACGUGGACGUGGACGUGGACGUGGACGUGGACGUGGAAGUGGACGUGGACGUGGACGUGGACGUGGACAUGGACGUGGACGUGGACAUGGACGUGGACAUGGACGUGGACGUGGACGUGGACGUGGACGUGGACGUGGACAUGGACAUGGACGUGGACGUGGACGUGGACGUGGACUUGGACGUGGACGUGGACGUGGACGUGGACGUGGACGUGGACGUGGACAUGGACGUGGACGUGGACAUGGACGUGGACGUGGACGUGGACAUGGACGUGGACGUGGACGUGGACGUGGACGUGGACGUGGAUGUGGACGUGGACGUGGACGUGGACGUGGACAUGGACGUGGACGUGGACGUGGACAUGGACGUGGACCUGGACGUGGACGACGUGGAUGUGGACAUGGACGUGGACGUGGACGUGGACAUGGACGUGGACGUGGACGUGGACAUGGACGUGGACGUGGACGUGGACGUGGACGUGGACGUGGACAUGGACGUGGACGUGGACGUGGACGUGGACGUGGACAUGGACGUGGACGUGGACGUGGACGUGGACAUGGACGUGGACGUGGACGUGGACGUGGACGUGGACAUGGACGUGGACGUGGACGUGGACAUGGACGAGGACAUGGACGUGGACCUGGACGUGGACGUGGAAGUGGACAUGGACGUGGACGUGGACAUGGACGUGGACGUGGACAUGGACAUGGACGUGGACGUGGAGGUGGACGUGGACGUGGACGUGGACGUGGACGUGGACAUGGACGUGGACGUGGACGUGGACGUGGACGUGGACGUGGACAUGGACGUGGACAAGGACGUGGACAAGGACGUGGACGUGGACGUGGACAUGGACGUGGACGUGGACGUGGACAUGGACGUGGACGUGGACGUGGACGUGGACAUGGACGUGGACAGGGACGUGGACGUGGACGUGGACGUGGACGUGGACAUGGACGUGGACGUGGACGUGGACGUGGACGUGGACGUGGACGUGGACGUGGACGUGGACGUGGACAUGGACGUGGACGUGGACAAAGACGUGGACGUGGACAUGGACGUGGACGUGGACCUGGACGUGGACGUGGACAUGGACGUGGACGUGGACGUGGACAUGGACGUGGACGUGGACGUGGACAUGGACGUGGACGUGGACGUGGAAGUGGACGUGGAGGUGGACGUGGACGUGGACGUGGACAUGGACGUGGACGUGGACGUGGACGUGGACGUGGACGUGGACGUGGACAUGGACGUGGACGUGGACGUGGACGUGGACGUGGACGUGGACGUGGACGUGGACAUGGACGUGGACGUGGACGUGGACGUGGACGUGGACAUGGACGUGGACGUGGACGUGGACAUGGACGUGGACGUGGACGUGGACGUGGACUUGGACGUGGACGUGGACGUGGACGUGGACGUGGACGUAGACGUGGACUUGGACGUGGACGUGGACAUGGACGUGGACGUGGACGUGGACAUGGACGUGGACGUGGACAUGGACGUGGACGUGGACGUGGACGUGGACGUGGACUUGGACGUGGACGUGGACGUGGACAUGGACGUGGACGUGGACAUGGACGUGGACGUGGACGUGGACGUGGACAUGGACGUGGACGUGGACGUGGACAUGGACGUGGACGUGGACAUGGACGUGGACAUGGACGUGGACGUGGACGUGGACGUGGACAUGGACGUGGACGUGGACGUGGACGACGUGGACAUGGACGUGGACGUGGACGUGGACAUGGACGUGGACGUGGACAUGGACGUGGACGUGGACAUGGACGUGGACGUGGACAUGGACGUGGACGUGGACAUGGACGUGGACGUGGACGUGGACAUGGACGUGGACGUGGACAUGGACGUGGACGUGGACGUGGACGUGGGUGGACGUGGACUGGACGUGGACGUGGACGUGGACGUGGACAUGGACAUGGACGUGGACGUGGACGUGGACAUGGACGUGGACGUGGACGUGGACGUGGACAUGGACGUGGACGUGGACGUGGACAUGGACGUGGACGUGGACAUGGACGUGGACGUGGACGUGGACGUGGACAUGGACGUGGACGUGGACAUGGACGUGGACAUGGACGUGGACAUGGACGUGGACGUGGACGUGGACGUGGACGUGGACGUGGACGUGGACGUGGACGUGGACGUGGACGUGGACGUGGACGUGGACAUGGACGUGGACGUGGACGUGGACAUGGACGUGGAUGUGGACGUGGACGUGGACGUGGACGUGGACAUGGACGUGGACGUGGACAUGGACGUGGACGUGGACGUGGACGUGGACGUGGACGUGGACGUGGACGUGGACGUGGACAUGGACGUGGACGUGGACGUAGACGUGGACUUGGACGUGGACGUGGACGUGGACGUGGACGUGGACGUGGACGUAGACGUGGACUUGGACGUGGACGUGGACAUGGACGUGGACGUGGACGUGGACAUGGACGUGGACGUGGACGUGGACGUGGACGUGGACGUGGACGUGGACGUGGACGUGGACCUGGACGUGGACGUGGACGUGGACGUGGACUUUGACGUGGACGUGGACGUGGACAUGGACGUGGACGUGGACGUGGACGUGGACGUGGACGUGGACAUGGACGUGGACGUGGACGUGGACGUGGACGUGGACGUGGACGUGGACAUCGACGUGGACGUGGACGUGGACGUGGACGUGGACUUGGACGUGGACAUGGACAUGGACUUGGACGUGGACAUGGACAUGGACGUGGACGUGGACGUGGACAUGGACGUGGACGUGGACGUGGACAUGGACGUGGACGUGGACGUGGACAUGGACAUGAACGUGGACGUGGACGUGGACGUGGACGUGGACAUGGACAUGGACGUGGACGUGGACGUGGACAUGGACGUGGACGUGGACGUGGACGUGGACAUGGACGUGGACGUGGACGUGGACGUGGACAUGGUCUUUGACGUGGACGUGGACGUGGACGUGGACAUGGACGUGGACGUGGACGUGGACGUGGACGUGGACGUGGACAUGGACGUGGACGUGGACGUGGACAUGGACAUGGACGUGGACGUGGACGUGGACAUGGACGUGGACGUGGACGUUGACGUGGACAUGGACUUUGACGUGGACGUGGACGUGGACGUGGACAUGGACGUGGACGUGGACGUGGACAUGGACGUGGACAUGGACGUGGACGUGGACGUGGACGUGGACGUGGACAUGGACGUGGACGUGGACGUGGACAUGGACGUGGACGUGGACGUGGACGUGGACGUGGACAUGGACGUGGACGUGGACGUGGACAUGGACGUGGACGUGGACGUGGACGUGGACAUGGACGUGGACGUGGACGUGGACAUGGACGUGGACGUGGACAUGGACGUGGACGUGGACGUGGACGUGGACAUGGACGUGGACGUGGACAUGGACGUGGACAUGGACGUGGACAUGGACGUGGACGUGGACGUGGACGUGGACGUGACGUGGACGUGGACGUGGACGUGGACGUGGACGUGGACGUGGACGUGGACAUGGACGUGGACGUGGACGUGGACAUGGACGUGGACGUGGACGUGGACGUGGACGUGGACGUGGACAUGGACGUGGACGUGGACAUGGACGUGGACGUGGACGUGGACGUGGACGUGGACGUGGACGUGGACGUGGACGUGGACAUGGACGUGGACGUGGACGUGGACGUGGACUUGGACGUGGACGUGGACGUGGACGUGGACGUGGACGUGGACGUGGACGUGGACGUGGACGUGGACGUGGACAUGGACGUGGACGUGGACGUGGACAUGGACGUGGACGUGGACGUGGACGUGGACGUGGACGUGGACGUGGACGUGGACGUGGACGUGA